UCAGAAAUUACCCCCACUCUUCUUCUUCUUCUUCUUAAUAUUUCCAGAAACUCUGUUUCACUUAAUGGGUACAGAGAGAAAUCAAAUGAGUGACAAGAUGAUUGAAAGUACGCCAUUGAUCACUCAUUCUUCGGAUUCGGGACACAACAACUUUGACAGAACAGGGAAUGUAUGGAGUGCGGCGGCGCAUAUAAUAACAGGGGUGAUAGGGGCGGGGGUUCUGUCGCUGGCGUGGGCGACGGCGCAGCUAGGGUGGAUCGCAGGUCCAUUGUGCAUCAUACUGUUUGCGAUCACGACCCUUGUUUCUGUGUACCUCCUCUGUGACUGCUAUAGAUUCCCUCAUCCUGAGACCGGAGAACUUCGGAACCGCUCCUUCACUGAUGCUGUCAAGCUUUACCUGGGGGAGACAAAUAAAAAGUUUUGUACGGUAUUGGUGAACGAGAGCCUUUGUGGCACUACCAUUGCCUACGUCUUUACAACUGCUUCCAGUGUCAGUGUUAGUUCAGGACCAAAACGUACAUGGUUGGCUGGUUUCUGUCAAUAUUUGAACUUGUGUGGGACUAGUAUCGCUUACGUUAUUACCACAGCAACCAGUCUGAGGGCAAUUCUGAAGUCAAACUGUUAUCACAAGUAUGGACACCACGCUCGUUGUCACUAUGGGGAAACCUUGUUCAUGGUGCUGUUUGGAGUUGUACAGUUCUUUAUGUCAUUCAUACCAGAUCUCCAUAAUAUGGCAUGGGUUUCAAUUGUUGCUGCAAUUAUGUCAUUUUCAUAUUCUUUUAUUGGACUAGGACUUGGAAUUGCAAAAGUUAUUGAAAAUGGGACAAUUAAGGGAAGCAUAACAGGAGUACCAACUAGUAAUGCUGUUGAAAAGCUAUGGUUAGUGUUUCAAGCACUAGGUGACGUUGCCUUUGCCUAUCCAUACUCAGUCAUUCUCCUUGAAAUACAAGAUACGUUGAAGUCUCCGCCACCUGAAAACCAGACCAUGAAGAAGGCCUCCAUGAUAUCAGUCCUUGUCACUACCUUCUUUUACCUUUGUUGUGGAUGCUUUGGAUAUGCAGCAUUUGGAAGCAAUACGCCCGGAAACUUAUUGACAGGCUUCGGCUUCUACGAGCCUUUCUGGCUUGUUGACUUUGCUAAUGCUUGCAUUGUUGUUCAUUUGGUGGGAGGAUAUCAGGUACUUGUCUCGUGAACACUUAACAGAAACUGGUGUACUUUGUAGCGUGAUUUCUUUGAUGAAUGUCUGUUUUUUCUUUCUUUUUUUUUUUUCAGCCUGAGAUUU